UGCGCCCUGGUUCAUUCGGCGGGAGCCAUGGCCGCCGGCACCGUCAUGCUGCUGCUGCUCCUCCCGGCCUCCGUGGCUGUGGCAGCCAGCGGGACCCGCUGUGCUUCGGACGAGUAUCAGAGCCUGGGCCUGUGCUGCAAACUCUGCCCGGCUGGCCACUACCUCCUCCAAGCCUGCAGUGUGAACCACACUACAGGAAGGUGUGUCAGAUGUGAGCAUGGGACCUUCAUGUCACAUCCCAACAGGGAAGCCAACUGUUGGCCGUGGACACAGUGCCGGGAGGACCAAGAGGUCGUGGCUGCAGGCUCCGAAUCCAGUGACCAGCGGUGCCAGUGCAGGUCUGGGCACUUCUACUGUGACUCUGAGGACUGCACGGAGAGCUGCUUCCAGUGUCAAAGGUGUGAUGGCCUCACCCUUCAGGCCUGCAGUGCCACGAGAAAUACAGUCUGUGCCACAGAAGUGAGUCCAGAGCCAGGAAGCGCAGGCUGGUGGGAGUGGCUCGUGCUGCCUGGGGCCGUUCUCAUCGUGGGCUCCCUUUUCCUCUGCCUCUGUGGAAGGAAAGUUGUGAUGUGGGUUGUCAACUGGUUAAAACGAAGGUCAAGUGAGCCAGGCCUGGUUUCACCUCGAAGCAGCCAGCCUGAUGAGGUUCUAAUACCCAUGAACCCCAUGGAGGACGUGCCAGCCCCUGGCCCAGAAGCGCCACCGUUGGAGGAAGAAGCCUUGGCCCUGGUGCCCGGGGCCGGGACCUGCCCAGGGCCCUCCGGAGACACUAGGGAAAGUGCAGAGCCACAGGCAGUGGCGGCCACGGGAAGUCCAGCAGCCCCAGAACAGGCCCCGACGGCCCUUGGCCUCAGCAGUCUCGAGCAGAAAUAUAAACAAAAGUAUUUUUUGAGGGAUAUGCCCAGCGACGACAUAAGGAUCUAUUAUGAAUUUGAACAUCAAGUUCCAGCGUGUAAAUGGAGGAUGUUCAUGAGAUAUAUUGGACUCGACGAAAAUGAAAUAGAGAUUUGUGAAAGGGAGAAUCCCGGGAAUUUGCUGGAACAGCAUCAUACGAUGCUCCUCAAGUGGACACAAAAGCUGGGAAGGAAAACUUCUAUUUUCAAACUGAUGGCCGUCCUCCAUAAAAUGGAGCUACAUACGUGUUUGCAGAAUAUUAUAAACAAAUUGAUCGCUGAAAAUAUCCUAGUUAAUUGUGAAGAGACUACAAAUUAGAGGAAACUCCUAUUUUAA